AUGGACACGCAGAAGAAGCAGCGGAUCCAUGAGCUAAGGCAGCGACUGCAUGCAUCACGAGAGGGUCGACGAGGACGAGAAGGACAAGUUGAUCAGGAUGAGGAGAGAGAACAAGGCGAGGAGGAGCAGGGAGUGCAGGCAGAGACCGAGGAAGAUCACAGGAGUGGUAAGUAUGACCAUGAGAGCAAGACGCCGCGUUUACGGCCUCACGACGUGACGGGGGAGGAGCGAGGGGGAGGAGACGAAGGGGCAAGGAACCAUCGAUCGUUGUUGGCUCAGCAGAUGAAGAAACAGCUCGCGUUGGACCAGCCCCUGACCUCCGACCCUCCACGCGAAACUUCUCGAGCUCACCAGCAUUCCUCCAUCCACUCGGAGAGCGACAAGAAGAGGAAACUGCAGGCGCGCCCAUCCGAGGAGAGGCCCUUGACAAGGGAGGAGAGAGAGAGGAUGGAGGCGAAGCAUUCGCCGUCCCUUCCUCGCUGCCUCGGCCAUGUCGCAGGUAAGAAGGCUGUCGUCUACUCCGUCGGGUCCUUGCCUCGCUCUGCCUCCCAGCACAAGACCAUCGUCCUCCCCACCACCCGCGGUGAGCUGCUGGCCUUGGCCACCACCGCGCUCAGGCUCCGCCCUCCAGCCCAGCGCGUGUUUGAUGCCAACAGUGGGACAGAGCUGCUGGACCCUUGGCUGCAGGAACUUGUGGAGGAUCACAGCAUGCAGGGCGGGGCGUCAUGGUUGAAUGGGGCGCAUGCCGACGUUUCUUUUCUGCUCGCAGUGUCGCAUCACGAGGAGUUUGCUCCUCCUCGUCUUGUUGCCCAUGAUGCUUCGCCUCAACAUGCCGCGAUGGUUGCCCAGGUGCCGGACGGGGAGGCACCGGAGGGAGGCAGGCAGGCGGUGGCUGAGCUUGAGGAGCGGAUCAGAGAGCUGGAGGACGAGAGGACGAAGCUGAAGAAGCAGCUCGACUUCAAGAGCCGGGCGCUUGCUGCCUCCAUCAAGAGGGAGCGGGAGAUGCAGGAGCGCGAAGAAAUGUUGAGGAAGACGGUGAAGCGUCCCCCCUCCUCCUAUCUUUCGCCCUCCGCUGACCCCAUGCAGGUCGCGACCCAGGCGGAGGCUCACAGGCUGGAGAUGGAGGAGCUGAGGAGACGACUUGACAUGCUGGAGGCGAGGGAGGAUUGA